AUGGCGACAGCCUUUGUUUCUGUCUCGGCUCAGGAUCGUAAGCCACGAUCUGCCAUUUGCUCUCCUAUUUCGAUGUGCGCCAGUAUGCCUGCUGCUGGUCAAGUAUGCGGCACACAGGCAACUGCUUCUAAUUGUAACUCAGUGGCUGACCAGGGCUCUGAUUCUGGCACUGUUACCUGCCAAUAUUGCAAAUAG